AGGCGGGUCGGAGCGAGGAACAGCGCCGGGUGGGAGAGGCGGCGGCGGCGGCGGCGGCUCUUCCCGCAGAGGGUGGCGUGAGAGCAACAACUAUGGAGGAACAGCAGCUUGUGGUACCCAAAGAAGAAGAGGAAGAAGAAGAGGGCACUGAGAGUGAGAGAAGAAACCCUCUCAUUGUCCAAGUGAGGACCCUUGGGGACGUUUUGACCCAGGACAGACCAUCCCAUCCUAAUUCUGAAUCAAAGGAGGAAAUGCACCAAUGCUGGAACUCUCAAUGGCAGGAAUUCUUGAAAAGUGUGGCAGGGCUCCCCAUACCACCACCUCCCUUGGAAAAAAAUGGCACAGACUCCCAGGCCUCCUUGGGAAGAGACAAAGAGGAUCCACAGCAGGAGAGUUCUGGGGAAGGCAGAGAAUCUAUGUUCCAGGGGGAUCCAAAUGUCAGUGGGAAACUCUGGACGGGCAGGGAAAAGGUGGAUUCCUUCGUGAAGGUGAAGGUGGAAGAGACUCUGGAAGAAGCCAAUCUGGAGAGCCAGGCACCCCUGCCCCUCAGCUCCCAGGAUGCUGAGGAGCCCCAGGAGAUGUCUUCAAAGAGAAAGAACCCCAGUCCAACUGAGACAAGGAGAAAGAGGCACAGGAAAACCAUUGAUCUCAAUUUGAAGAUGAAGAUCAUCAAAGCAUAUGAAGCCGGGAAGAAGAUGCAUAAAAUAGCGAAAGAAGAAGGUCUGGCUUGUUCCACCAUUUGUGCUACUGUGAAGGACAGAGAAAGGAUCAGAGAGGCAUUGAAAGGAGCAAUAGGACUGAACACAAAUAUAACAAUAAUACAAAAAUGCCUCAUCCCUGAAAUGGAACCACUCCUGAUACUUUGGAUCAAAGAUCGGAUACAAAAGAGGCUUCCCCUUAGCUUUCUUCUCAUUCAGACUAAGGCACGCAGCAUUUUCACAACACUGAAGGAACAAGCAGGGAAAGAAUGCACUGAAACAUUCAAUGCUAGCCAUAGCUGGUUUGUGCGAUUUCAACAAAGAUUUCAUUAUCAGAUAUUACCAUCACGUGAAUCUUUACGGGCUGAAAAACGAACUGCCAAACAUUUUCUGGAUGAACUUGAUGAUGUUGUAGCAGAAGGAAAUUAUUCUGCUGAUCAGCUAUUCAGAGUGGAUGAAACUGGGUUAUACUGGAAAAGAAUGCUGGAGCAGACGUGUGUACACAAAGAGGCUGAAGCAAUGCCUGGUUGUAAAGCAUUUAAGGAUAGAGUAACCUUGCUAUUGGGGGGAAACGUUGCCGGAUUCAAGCUGACGCCAUUUGUUAUCCUCAAAUCAGAUCAUACCAGUAUGAUUCAAAAAAUAAACAAGGACACACUGCCUGUUUAUUACCGAUUUGAUUGUGAGACCUGGAUGACACACGUCCUCUUUGAGGAUUGGUUUACAAAUUGUUUCAUACCUCAGGUAAAGGAAUAUUGUGGGCAAAAGGAGAUUCCUUUUAAAAUUCUCCUGCUUCUGGACAAAGUACCUGGACAUGCCCUGCAUCUCGAUAGUCUCCACCCUGAUGUAAGGGUAGUUCAUCUACCCCAAAACAUCACUCUCCUGCAGCCAAUGUGCCAGAGAGCUAUCUUGCUAUUCAGGGCAUACUAUUUGCAAGCAGUGUUUGCUAAAGCCUUAGCCGCAACGGAAAAUGACAAAAUAUCAUUGCACACGUUUUGGAAAAGCUAUAAUAUCCUGCAUUGUAUCGAAAACAUUGUAGCAGCAUGGGAGGAUUUUAGUGUGAAAAGCAUGCAAGAAUUUUGGAAAAAGUGUUUAAAAGGUUAUGCUGCUUUUGCAAAUAAUUUUGAAGGAUUUAGCCAUAAACAAAAUUUGGAUGAAAUAAAUAAGAACAUUUUGAUACUCACAAAAUCCCUUGAUUUAGAGGUGGAGGCUGAAGAUCUGAAAACUUUGAUAGCUUACACUGAGGGAGACCUUUCAAACCAAGAUUUAAUUGAACUGAAAAAAGAACUGGAAGCACAAAAGGUUAGGGAAGAAGCAGCAGAAAGAGAACGAGAAAAAGUACAAGUUGUAGAAGUUAAAUUGAAAACAUUCACUGAGAAAAGAUUGGCUGGUAUUUUCUCAGGAGUUAAAAAAAUGUUAUCAGACUUAGAAAGUAUGGAUCCAGAUGAAGAACAUUUUAGAAAGAUACAUUGGGAAAUGUGUGAAAUCUUAAAAUGUUACCAUGAAAUAUAUGAAAGAAAAAAGAAGGAAAACAAAGAUAAAGAAACCAAACUUCCCUCCCUCUUGCCCUUCCCAUCCACAGGAAUAAAACACCCGAACAAUCCUCAGCAAUCAACCAGCUAUGCCAGCAGAUCUGACGUUCUUGAAAACACAAAAAACCAUGAAUCUUUCAAAGGUUGUGUAUCCAAUUUGAUGUUUAGAGACAGCCCAGAUUCUGAAGGAUAUGAUGCUAACAUCUCCCAAAUUAGAGAAAGAGGCCUGGGACAUUCAGAAGGCAAAGCUUCCCUGGAGAUAAAGCAAGAGAAUGAUGGGGAGGCCAACUCACUAGAAUAUGACAUUUGACAAAUACAUAAGGAGAAGACCUUCCAGGUUGGAAACUCUGAAGUAAUAGACAUUUGCAAGAGUUUGGAAUGAGUCAAAAGAUUAUUUUCUGGAGUCUGGAAAGGCAAUAAAUCCAGCAGGAGCAUAAAGGCACUCAGGAAAGAAAGCCAGUGAGGCCUUUCUGUUUGAAGAUGAUGAUCAAAACUUAAAUGGAACCAAUUCUCCAUUUGGGAAAAAGGCCGGCAUUAAGAGGAGCCUGAGAUGGUGUGCAAUCAUCAGUGUUGCAGAUACCCCCACAACUCCCAUCCUGUUAUUCAAAGAGGAACACUCCCUCAGCAAAAGAAAUAUAUAUUUCCUCAGAGUAUAGGAAGUUUUGGUUAGAACACAAACCUCACAAAGAACGAGAGGAUCCACACAGCAGAGAAGCCAUAUAAAUGUUCAGACUGCAACAAAUAUUUCAAUGUAAAAUCCACUCUGAUUAAAUAUGAGAAGUCCCAUACAGGAGGAAAGCCA